AGACAUUGAAAUUGAAUUUUACUCAAGCAAUUGUGUAUUAUUUGUCGAAUUCAGUCCAACGAGGUUGGAAGUUGGGCUUCGAUACCUAAGGACUUAUUUAUGGCAAAGGUUUGGUUCAGAUGCAACAUCUUCACCAUUCCAAAUAUUAUUGCAAGACGUUACAACAACCGACAUCACUAAGCAAUUGGAUUCAAAACCAUUACUUGUAACUAACAUUAAUAAACAUAAAGAAGAAAAAGACAACGAUAAUAAUAACAAUAAACAACAUAACAAAAAUAAAAAUAGCAUUAUAAAACCAACAAAUCUUUUUUCACCUCCACCAUCCAAAUUGUUAUUAACAAAAAAAUGUGCAAAAAGAACUUUUGAUGAUGAUGAAACUUGUAAUAAAGGAACUUGCAGCUGUUCUGAGGAAAAUGAAAUAGGAAAAGAUAAUGCAGACAAAAGCUACGAUAACGACGAUGACAUCAUUGCUAAUAAUAGUUGUUCCAAUUAUAGCUAUAGUUCUACUGAAGAUGGUUGUGACGAUGAUGAUGAUUUUGUAGAUGAAGAUGGAUAUAUAGAAGAUGUCGAGGAUGACGAUGAAGAAGAGGAUGAUGACGAUGAAGAGGAUGAUGAUGAAGAGGAUGAUGAAGAGGAUGAGAAUGAUGAUGUUGAAGAGGAUGAAGAUGAAUAUGAUACUUUUAUAGAUCAAUCAAGAAGAAUAGACUCGACAGAUUCAGAGGAGGAGGAAAUCUUACCAAUAAUAGCUAAACCUGUCUCAAUAUUAACGCCUACAAAUAAUCCAAAUUCAAAAUAUUUACCAUCUAUGAUAAGAAAAACCAAAUCAUUACCUUACUCAAGACGUCUAAUUAUAUGGGAUAACAGUAAUAUUAACAAUUAUAAAAUUGACACAAAAAAUAUUUUAAAUUACUGCAAAGAUGAAGGAGAUGAUGCUUUAUUACUUUGGAAUCUUUCUAUUUGA